AUGCUCGCGGGCUGUAAUCCUUUCGAUGUGUUUCAAGAGGACGAUGAUGUGGAUAUUGAUGAAACUAUCUACAGGAGAAUCGUGACUAAGUCGUCUUUGAAUUAUAAAUGGUGGAUGACGUCGGACAGUGUUGAUGUUAUUGAGAAAUUUCUACAGCUCGAUCCAUCGAAGAGACUGGGUUGUCAACAGCCGGACGGAUUUGAGGAGCUUAAAAGACAUGAUUUUUUUAAGGCGUUUAAUUUCCAUCAACUUUAUUGUCGAUGCGUUACGCCGCCUAUGAUUCCUAAACUCAUGGAUGAAAACGACGUUAGCAAUUUCUCUUCGUCUUUUACUGAACAAGCGCCGGUCUUAGAAACGGACUAUCCUUGUGAGACUGAGGUUAUCGAUCAAAGUUUAUUCGUUGGUUUUGAUUGUGUUAAUACUUGUUACACGUGA